AAAAAGGAAAAAAAUCAAAUAAUUUGCGGGAAAAAUUAUAUGAAAAUAGCCAAAUAGAAGAGAGGUGGAAGGCAGAAAUGUUAAAAACUGGGGGAGGUAAGGCUAAAGAAGGGAAGACAAUGAGAUGGGAACCAAUGGCUUUGGGUAGUCAGCAGAAUGAAGGUGAAGGGAGUCUUGCCCCCAACACUAGGUUUUAUUCUUCUGAAUGCUCAACGGGCUUGGGACGGUUCCAAGAACUGACGAUUCCUCGUCUCAAGGAAAUGCGUAAAGAACAUUUCCCGGAGAUUCUGUUUGUAAUGGAGACUAAAAAUUGUAGGAAUGUUCUGGUUGAUUUGCAAGAGUGGCUGGGUUACGAAAGAGUGUAUACAGUGAACCCAGUUGGUUUGAGUGGUGGGCUUGCGCUGUUCUGGAAAAAAGGAGUCAAAGUAGAGUUUCAGUUUGUAGAUAAGAAUCUGCUUGACUGCUUUGUACAGUUUGGAGAGGUGGAGUUCUAUGUUACGUGUGUGUAUGGUGAUCCGGUUCAGAGUGGUAGAGCUAAAGUGUGGGAGCGUUUGUCACGAAUUGGAAUCAGUAGGAAGGAGAAAUGGUGUAUGAUGGGUGACUUCAAUGAGAUCAUUCAUAAUGGAGAGAAGCUUGGAGGACCUUUAAGAGGUGAUGCGUCUUUCACUCCUUUUAAGGAUAUGCUUUCAGCUUGUCAGAUGUUUGAACUCCCAAGUAAAGGUAAUAGUUUCACUUGGGGAGGCAUGAGGAAUCAGUCUUGGAUUCAAUGCAAGUUAGACAGAUGCUUUGGGAAUAAAGCUUGGAUGUCCAUGUUCCCUGCGGCUAAUCAGACUUUUCUUGACAAAAGAGGGUCAGAUCACAGACCUGUUCUGGAAAGCUUUGAGCAAAUGGAAAAAGGAAAACAUCACAAACUCUUCAACGUUGAUUGGUCAGUUGCAGGUGGAGUUAGAGGCUGCACAGUCGGAGAAUAAUCCUACGAUCUGGAGGGUUAAUAAUCUGAAAAGGAGUUU